UCAGUCGACACUCUUCUGUCAGUGGCAGAAUGCGACGAUUGCUGAACAGCAGCUGGAUAAAGUUUGGACCUGCUGGAAGAGAUGACUGGGUGUCUGGGUCCCCAUCGCCGCCUACUGCAGAACAACGACUACAGGGUUACCACUGGAAUGAGCUCUCGAGCGAAAACGACGGGAAAUCGGAGCUAAUCCUGCACAUCGUUCUCCCGCUCGGCACGCUCCUCGUAUUCAGUGCCGUGUUUGUCCUUCUUUAUCGAAGGUUCAGGCAGAACAAGCUCGGACUGGCCAACAUCAUCACGCUGGACCUGCAGGACCCGGAGCGCAACGCCGAGAUUCUGUCGUCACUCACCGGGAACGCGGAGCGGCUGAACAGCACGAGCUCGGACAUGUCUGACGGGGUUUUGCUAAUGGUUUACCUCCCGCCGCCCUAUGAGGAAACGCUGACGAAGAUCACGCGGGCUGCCAGCCUCAGCAGCGGGAAAGACGUCGAAACCGAAGACCUCGAAGCCAAACUGUGUCCCGAGCUCAAGUCGAGCGGGAAGUUUGUCUGA